AUGAGGAGAAGGAAAUUCGUUCCACGAGAGGAUAUCAACCCAUUAGUACACCCAGUACCGAAUUCUCCUUUGAAGCCACUCAUUCAGACUCCUCAAACACAACAAAUUCCUUCUCUUAGUGCUCCUGAUGAAAAAGACUUGCUAAAGAACACAGUUCCUAAAGAUAAUUCGCAAACAUUAGAUAACAAACCAAAUAUUGCUGAAAAUAAUGAUAAACAAAAUGAAAUUAUUAGUCAAAAUAGCGAAAUAAGUAAUAAUAAUGGAUCAUCAAACCAAUUAGCUAUUAAUGAAACACUUCAAAACGUUUCCAAGCCAAAACCGAAGUUUACUUUUCAAAAUGUACCAACUUCACAAAAUGAUGUCAAUAUUUUUGAGAACCAUCAAGUAGAAACAGGUGAUACCGAUCAUCCACAAGCCGUUUCAGAAAAUACUUCUAAACCAAAGCCUAAAUUUACAUUAUUAAAUGUUCCUGCUUCAAAUAAUAGAGAAGAAAAUACAAACAGCUCAAAUAAUGAUGCUAAUAUAACUCAAAUAAGUAAUGAGAAUAAUAGUUCUGUUCCAACCAAUGAAGAAAAAACAAAUCGAAAAUUUUCUUUCUUUAAUUUACCAAAUACUGAUAUCAAUAGCGAAAAUAAUCAGCCAAAUGACAUUAAAAAUGAAAAUGAACCACAAACUAAUACAAAUAAACCAAAACCAAAAUUUACAUUUUUAAAUCUUCCAAACAAGCCAAUAGAACAAGAACAAACAGAACAAAGUAAUAUAGAACAACCAGAAGUUACAAAAGACCACUUAGAACCUAUUACAGAAGAAAAGAAGAAAGAAAUUGCAGAAAUUUUAAAUCACGACAAACCAUUAGGAUUUGGAAUAUUCAGAACAUUUCAAUAUCUCCAAAAUACAUCACAACUUAUCAUCCAUAAAGGUGAAAAUGAGAGAAUUCUUGAAUAUCGAGAUGAAUUUGGAAAUCUUGUGGACGAAAAGGGCGCAUUCAGGACACAAUCACACGUUUUCCAUGGAAGAAGGCCAGGCGCAAAGAAGAUGAAGAAACUCAAAGAGAAAUCUCUUGCAAAGAAGAGAAUUGAAGAUUCAAUGGUCGGAGACACUCCUCUUCAAUCAGGAAAGGCACUUAGAGAAGCUCUUGCUAAUUCUGAUAAGCCAUUCAUUGAACUUACAGGAACAAAUCGACAAAUUAUUCCUUAUAUUCCUGCUGAAGUCCAGGUUGAUCCAAAGAUGGAGAAGAGGAAGAAGAGGCUUAAGAAGGUUAAGAAGAUGAAAGUUAAAGAAGUUGGAGGUAAAACGGUGCAUAAUUUCAAGUCAAUUAUUAAUCCUCAAUAA